AACAAAGUUCUGGAUACCAUCGUUUGCGUGAAUAACUCUGGUGGUCCAAGCCAGGUGAAAGUCAAUUUAGCCUCUGUGGAGCCGAGAACAGGCAGCUGUGUCCGGUGUUUCCAGAUUUUGCCUUUUCUGACAGAGUGGCACCUCAAGUACAUACCAAAAAUUGGAACCUUGGACGUUGGCCGAGAUCCCGUGUACACACUGAACAUUACAUGCGAGAACGCUGACGGCUACACAAUAUCUCGACUGCUAGAAGUGAGACUGACCACCAACUCUCCACCAGUGUUUAAUUACACGGGGCUUCUUGUAUUCCACACUGUGCCAAACACUCGGCAUAUCAAAAGUGGAGUCAUCAUUUACUCAGUCAACGCCAGCGACGCCGACGGAGACUACCUCCAUUACACUAUGACAGUGUCUCCGGACAAUGGCAAUUUCCAGAUUGGGGACAGUAAUGGAGUUAUACGAGCAGUCAACGAACUAUCCCGGGAAUGCAGUCAGGUUGUGACUUUCCAAGUUUAUGUCAGUGACAACAUCAACAGCCCCGUCGGACCCCUUGUUAUCAGUACCACACUCAACGAUUCGAACACUGCGCCAUCAAUUAUCAACAUGGGAGAGCUAAUCCAGGUUCCAGAAAAUACUUUUAUAGGCACCACCAUAUACACAAUUAAAACGAGUGACGAGUCACUCAACACCAUAAUCUACACGCUAACAGUUGUGCCUAAUCAAGCAAAACUGUUCUUCAAUAUUUUAAACCAUGAUAUAAAACUGCUAUCUCCCCUGGACUACGAGAACCCUGUGGGCGGCUACAGUAGAAUGACUUUAACGGUCAGGGCGUUGGAUGAUGGCGGAUGUUCCAGCGGCGUGAAGACGUUGUAUGUAGAAGUCGCUGACGUAAACGAGGCGCCCGCGUUGCUGCCGAAUUCUUGGAAGACAACUGUGUAUGAAGGACUGAUCGAUGUCUAUCCGCCAUGGAAAGUCCAGGACCCUGACGCCAAUGAUGUGGCUUUCUUCAACUUCACAACCGCUCGCUCUGACUUCUUUAUAGACAGUAUUACUGGUGCAAUAACUUCAAUUGGAGAUUACGAUCUGGACGCAAGAGGACGAAGCAACGAAAUAGUGUCCUUGCCAAUUCAAAUAACUGAUAGGGGAGGUAAGACGGGGAUUGCCACGCUGACUGUCACCAUUCUCGAUGCAAACGACAAUGCCCCAGUGAUCACUUCUGCUUCCAAUCCUUGCCCAGCUGAAGAGUGUUGGCCAGUGGGGACCGUUCUGUGUACACUCAAGGCCAAAGACGAUGACUCCACUUUCCAGGGCAACAGUGUAACUUACUUUGGUAUUCAGAACUCCACGUAUUUUACCGUGCUGUAUAACGGGGAUGUCAUCCUGACCACACCAAUGAGAAGUGGGGAUUACAGCAGUGCCACAGUGUAUGCCUUCGACCAGGGACAGUAUCCCAAACCUUUGCAGUCGAAACCAGGAUUUGUUAUCGUCCUUGGAAAA